GCAUCGGCAGAGAAGCGAAGGCAAGGGCGCCCAUCGAGCGACGGUCGGAUCUCUCGGCUCACCGCGCAUCUCGUUGACCUCCCACCUCUCGGCACCUCGCGUCCACGGCGGCGCGAACAAGGCAGCGGCAGCUAAGUGAAGGAAAGGGCGCCCAUCGGGGGAUGCUCGGAUCUCCCAUCUUGCCGCGCAUCUGGUCGAUCUCAUACCUCUCGACACCUCGCGUCCACGGCGGCGCGAACAGACGGUGGCAGCGAAGCGAGUGCAAGGGGGGCGGCGGCGGAGCUCUCAGCCGUUCCCACAUAUCCGACCUGAACCACCCUCCUUGGCUCUCCAGCAUUUCAUCUCAUCCGACUCAGUCCACGGCGUCGGGGAAUGGAUCAAGCCCAAGCCUUGUUCUUCUUGCAAUGGAUUGGCGCCCACCGGACCCAAAUCGGCGCCCACCGGACCCAAUUGACUGAAUUUUUUGAUCUUUACUUUGGAGAUGCUGCUGUCAUAUGCAGCAACAUUGGUCGCAACUAUCUGAAGAGUGCCUACCGGUUUGUCAUUGAUACAUUCAAUCGAGGGUAUUGCUGGCAUGGAUCAUUUUCUGUACGCAAUUUCCUGGUCGCUGGUGAAUUAUUUAUGAUGGGCAUACCUGCACUCCACAAGACUCUUGGUAUUCAUGACCUCCUUAUUGAUCUUAGAGCCUUGAGCAUUGCUUUGCUUCCAUACUAUUGUGAAGGAAACCAACCUAGAAACGUGCCUGCACUAUUCAUAGACCAUCUUCAUUAUAUUACCACUAAUGUCCCAUUAGGAAUUGGACCAUCAAUUGUGUUCCACUCUAGGUUCAUUCGUCUGAUAUACCAUCACUUCUCGUUCUCAUUGCCGGAUCAUACGUAUUCGCUGUUUUCAGAACUUGCAACAGCAAAAAAUCAUCUUGGGCAGGAUGAUGUACGCGCAUUUAAUACUCUCCUUCGACAAGCUUGGAAUGAUUUACUGAUGGACCAGAUUGCAGUAGUUGGUCAAAAUUGGCCUGAUCAAGCCGAACAAAAUCCGAUCUUUUAUGGAAUUAUGUGGUGGCAGAGCAGGCAGGCAGGGGUACCUCCAAGGAGAGGAUAUACAGGUACACCUGAGUCAUUAUACAAUUUUGGAAGAAACAACAGAGUUCAUGCACCUGAAAAAACAAAGGGGCCAAGGGGAGCUCUGCUAGGGGAGAUUCAGCAAGUGCCACCCCAUGGUGCAGGGCGUUGGCGAUGGAUGAUCAUUACUCCUGAGGGGGAAUGGGGCUGGGUGUGGCAGCCUGCUCAAGGGCAGCGGUUCUGGCCGACGGUUCCGGGUGAUACCCAGUGGCGAAUGACCAAGUGGCCAAAUGCUGCACCAGUGCUGCCUCUACUACCAUUAUCUUCCCAGGACCAGAAAAUGGAUAAUCCAGAGAAUGUGGGCCAUAUGGUAGGGAAGGAGUUUGGGAUGUUCUUUGCUCAUGCCACGGCCUUUUUCCUCCUAUUCUUACAGUGUGGAACUCCAGAGUAUAUUGAUCAGCCUCAUUAGAGAUACGAAGAGGCAAUGGAUAGUUAACUGCAGAGUCAUGCUGUUUUCUCCCAUUGCCGAGGCACAACUGAGAGGAGUUUCGAUGUUCCAAUGCUGGCAAGAUUUAAGUUGAAGGCUGCGGCUACGAGCUUGUGGGCUGAUUCGCAAUGCAUUCCAGUUUGAUCAAAUUCUCCAAAAGUUGCACUGAUGAGCCAAUGCAUUGCUGAGUGAAUCUUUUUGUAAUUUUCUGUUGCUUAGGUCUACUUACUGAAUCAGUGAAUCUUAUUGAUUCAUGUUGCUCAUGACUUCCUUGUAAAAAAUUAACAUACUAUAGCAUCUUACCGGAUCUUUUUUUAUCAA